AUGGCCAGCCUAGACGUGGAAGCCUUACUCGACGCCACUGCGAAAAGCGCAGAAGAGACACAGGCUAAGCCAUCCGCUGAAGAUGCAUCCAGAAGUGACCGGUCCGGCCGCAGAGAUUCUGGCCGCGAUCGAGACCGUGAUCGUGACCGGGACCGGGAUCGUGACCGGGACUACGACCGCCGACGCGGAGAUCGCCGCGAUGCCAGCCCGCUGAACAAAAGUCGACGAGACACUCCGGAUGAUGGUACGCCCCGCAGUGACUCGGGGAGCCACCGGAGCCGCCGCCGUAGCCGAAGUCGUGAUGAUGACCGCCGUUCACGACGCACUCGAGAUGGCGACUACUACCGCAGUGGUCGAGCCCGCUCGCGUUCACGUUCACCGCGCCGUCACCGCCGGGAUGAUCGCGACAGAGAUCGUCGCGAUCGCCAUCACGGCCGAAGCCGGGAUGACGAUCCACGCGAUAGACGGGACGCUACGCCUCAAUUAACUGAGGAUGAAAGGGACAGAAGGACAGUAUUCGUACAGCAACUUGCCGCUCGGCUGCGAACUCGUGAGUUGAAAGAGUUCUUUGAGAAAGUUGGUCCUGUCACGGAAGCACAGAUCGUCAAAGAUCGCAUCAGCGGGCGAUCAAAGGGUGUUGGCUAUGUCGAGUUCAAAGACGAAGACUCGGUCGCCACCGCCCUCCAACUCACCGGACAAAAACUGUUAGGUAUUCCUGUCAUCGUUCAGGUAACGGAAGCAGAGAAGAAUCGUCAAGCCCGCAAUACGGAAGCCGGCGGCCCCCACCCAAACCACGUUCCCUUCCAUCGCUUGUAUGUCGGUAACAUACACUUCAACGUGACCGAGGAAGAUUUACGGGCCGUUUUCGAGCCCUUUGGAGAGCUUGAAUUCGUUCAACUUCAAAAGGAUGAGAGCGAUCGCAGCCGUGGCUAUGGCUUUGUACAGUUCCGUGAUGCAACCCAGGCUCGUGAGGCCUUGGAAAAGAUGAAUGGCUUUGAUUUGGCCGGUCGUCCUAUCCGAGUUGGCCUCGGCAACGAUAAGUUUACCCCUGAGAGCACUGCCAAUAUGUUACAGAGAUUUUCGGGUCAGAACUCGUCGAAUCAGCAGGGUUCCUCCUUUUCCGGAUCCGGUGGUCGCGGAGGACAAAACUCUAACUUUGACCGAGCCGGCGCCAGAGAUAGCGAAAAGACGGGUGGUGCCAGCGCCCUGGACGACACGGAUGUCGGCGGGGUAAACUUUAAUAAUUAUAGUCGCGAUGCCCUGAUGCGCAAGCUUGCCAGAACCGACGAAUCGAACAAGGGCUCUGAAGAGAGGCCGGUGCUGAAACCUAGAACCGAGAAGAAGCCUCUGCCCGUGAAUGUCAACACAGCCAGCCGCUGUGUUGUCCUUCACAACAUGUUCAAUCCCGAUGAGGAGGAAGGCGACGACUGGGUCAAAGAACUCGAGGACGACGUGCGCCAGGAGGCCGAAGACAAAUACGGCCGUGUUGUGCACAUCUCCGUGGACCCAAACUCCAAGGGUGACAUCUACCUGAAGUUUGAAAAGGUCCAGGGGGGUGAGAACGCGAUCCGCGGCCUCAACGGCCGAUACUUUGGCGGGCGCAUGAUUGACGCGUCUCCUGUUGUAGACGCAGUCUACAGCAGUUUGUUCUCUCGCACCAGAGCUUUCUAG